AUGGAUAUCGAAGAAACUCAAACGAUGAUUAUGUUAAAACCAGAUGAAAGCAAAGUUAUACACGGUUCAACAAUAAGUUUUAAUUCAAUUAAUUAUCAGGUCUUCUCGAAAAAAUGGUACAAUUAUUUUAUUCCAUUCUGUUUGAAAAGUCAACAGAAACAAAUUCUUUACAAUGUUAGUGGGAUUUUUAAACCAGGUAUGAACGCCAUUAUGGGCCCAACAGGAAGUGGAAAGUCAACAUUAUUAGAUAUAUUAGGCAAUCGAAAAGAUCGACAAGGUUUAACAGGAGAACUGCUUCUAGAUGGACAACCAUAUAGACAGGAUUUCAAUUCAAGAAUAGGUUAUGUUGUUCAAGACGAUAUACUCAGUGAAACAUUAUCUGUUAGAGAAAAUUUAAUGUUCUCAGCCAAUCUUCGAUUACCACGCAAUAUUGGUUUCAAAGAUAAAAUGAAUAUUGUUAAUCUUGUUAUUUCACAAUUAGAAUUGGAAAAAUGCGCUGAUUCCAAAAUAGGAGCUCAUAGUAAUCGAAAAGUAUCUGGUGGAGAGCGAAAAAGAACAAAUAUUGGCAUGGAAUUAAUUUUGUCUCCUACAGUUCUACUUCUAGAUGAACCAACCAGUGGUCUAGACUCAUCAACAGCUAAUAAUGUAAUCGAAUGUUUAUCUCAAUUGUCUCAAAGAGGACAUACAAUAAUAUUUUCUAUUCAUCAACCACGCUAUUCCAUCUUCAAGUUAUUUGAUACUCUACUUUUAAUUGGCGCUGGUCAUUGCGUUUAUCAUGGAUCAGCUGGUGAUAUUCUUCCAUUUUUUUCUUCAAUCGGUUUCACAUGUGAAGAACAUGAUAAUCCAGCUGAUUUUAUUUUAGAUGUAUGUCAGGGUAUACGACAUGCAUCAUAUCCCAUUAAUAAUAUUGACAAUGAAACUGAUCAGAGAAAAGAUAAAAUUUGUCUAUAUUUACACAGCGUUUUUACAAAGUCAUCUAUUAAUGAUUCGAUUCAUCAACAAAUUCAAGACGCCACUAAGUCAUCAGAUGAAAAAGUAAAUAAAAAAGUUAAAAUUUUGUCUCGGCCAUGUUUAGUCGAAAUCUGGUAUGUAUCUCAAAGAGCGUUUCGUAAUUCAUUUCGUAAUAGUACAUUAAUGAUAAUGCAAACAGUCGUUCCAAUAUGUUUAGCAAUACUUGUUGGUUUUCUGUAUAUGAAUACCGACCAUACAAUUGAGAAUGGAGUUAAGAAUCGUUUAGGUGCUAUAUUUUUCAUUGUUUCAAAUGAAGUAUUCAUAAAUUUAUCUGCAUUGGAAUUGUUUAUUAAAGAACGUGUAUUAUUUGCUCAUGAAAAUAUAAGUGGUUAUUAUCGGGUUUCAACGUAUUUUAUUUCAAAAUUAAUGUGUGAUAUUGUUCUAUUAAGAUUAUUUCCUUCGAUUGUUUUCUCAUUAAUAUCCUACUUUAUGAUUCAAUUUCAACAAACUAUUGAGAAAUUUCUCAUAUAUCAACUAGCUAUAUUUGCUACAGCUGUUUGCUCUGCAUCAGUGUGUUUUUUUGUUUCAGCAAGUGUUGAAACAAUAGGUGUCGCCAAUUUAGUUUCAGCUUCAUUUUGUGUUGUAAUGCUUGUAUUCACAGGAUAUUUAGUUGAUCUAACAAAUGUUGUCAAAUUUCUUGCAUGGAUCAAAUGGGUCAGCCUUUUUCGUUAUGCAUCCAAUGUUAUUACUAUAAAUGAAUUUACUCACCUAAAACUUUGUCUAAUGAACAAUGCCAGCGUUUGCUUAAUGAAAGGUGAACAUAUUCUUGAUAACCACAAAAUCGAUUAUGAUACUACUUGGGAUCUAUGGAAGAAUUUUGUAGCAUUAGCAGCUAUUACGUUCUUCUUUUUUGCGUUGACAUUUAUUCAAUUAGCAAGAUUGCCCGCACAAAAUCGUCGAUAA